AUGACUUCUGAAAAAGAAACAUCUUCUAUUAAAUCAAGUGAAUCAUCACAGAAUGAAUCUAAUGGAAAAUCCCUGCAGAUCCAUAAAUUCUUGGGAUUUCAUGGGAGAAAAUUAAACAUUGCCGUUGCUUGUUUUAGUGGUGUUGGAUUUCUCCUUUUUGGAUUUGAUCAACUGUUAAUGGGAAGUUUAUUAACUUUACCUAAUUUUGAAAAAACUUUCCCUUCUAUUCUGGGAAAUACUUUACAUGCAGCUACAUUAACUGGUGCUGUUGUUUCCAUUUAUGAAAUUGGUUGUUUUAUUGGUGCUUUGUUGACGGUUUAUUUUGGUGACAAGCUUGGAAGAAUUAAAUGUAUGUUUAUUGGUUGUAUUAUUGUUAUUAUUGGUGCUGUGCUUCAAACUACAGCUUAUACAGUAACUCAUUUGGCAAUCGCAAGGGUGUUCACAGGGGUAUGUACAAAUCAUGAUGAUUGUUUACAAGAAAACAAGUGUUACUAA